GGUUCCUCUUUACAUAACGGCGCGAGGCGGCAUGGGCUCGGGCCACCGCCUCCGCCCGGCCGCCCGCCCGGACUGUCGCGGCCCGUGGUGGCGACGGCGGCGGCAGCAGCCAAGUUUCCCCCGCGGCGGCCCGGGGGCGCAUCCCCCCGCAACUGUCAAGCGCUGGCGGCGGAAAUGAUGAGGCGCUGGCCAUUUUCCGAGCCCGGGUUUCCUGCCUGAGCCCCGCUCGAGCGAGCCGCGAGCCAGGAGCCGGCGCGCGGGAGAGAACGCGCCCGGGGCGGGGGCCCGCCCGCCCCCUCGAGAUUUCGGGGGGCCGGGGGCGCGCGACGCCAUGGGCCGGCCGGGCCCGGACCCCCUCUCUCUCAGCCUGGCCGCCCCACCUCGGUCUCCGCCAUGAACGGGCCCACCCUGCAGCCCUCCUCGGCCUCCUCCGCGUCCUCGCCCUCCUCGUCGGCCGCCGCGACGUCGUCACCGUCCCCUCGGGGCUGGAGCGAGUUCUGCGAGCUGCACGCGGUGGCUGCGGCCCGGGAGGUGGCCCGGCAGUACUGGCUCUUCGCGCGCGAGCACCCACACCACGCGCCGCUGCGCGCCGAGCUCGUGUCGCUGCAGUUCACCGACCUCUUCCAGCGCUACUUCUGCCGCGAGGUGCGCGAGGGCUGGGUGCCCGGGCCACCGGGGUCCCGGGCCGCGCCGCCUGCGCGUGACUACCGGGACACGGGCCGCGGGCCCCCGUCCAAGGCCGAGGCGGCCCCGGCCGAGUCGGGCCCGGGUCCCGCCGUCCCCGCGCUGCCCAAGGCCCGUAGCUCGGAGGAGCUGGCCCCGCCGCGACCGUCCGCCGCCUGCACCUUCCAGCACCUGCGCCACAGCCUGCGCCACAUCCUGCGCCGCGGCUCUGCCGGGGAGCUGCCGGCCGCCACCGGGGCCGCGGGGGAGGCGGGGGAGGGCCCGGCCCGCUCCGGCCUGGCCAGGAAGCUCCUGCCCUGGAGCCUGGCCCGCGAGCCGCCGCCCGAGGCCCUCAAGGAGGCGGCGCUGCGCUACAGCCUGGCAGACGAGGCGUCCAUGGACAGCGGGGCGCGCUGGCAGCGGGGGCGGCUGGCGCUGCGGCGCGCCCGGGGCCCCGACGGCGGCGCGGACCGCGUGCUGGAGCUCUUCGACCCGCCCAAGAGUUCAAAGCCCAAGCUACAAGCAGCCUGCUCCACCAUCCAGGAGGUUCGGCGAUGCACACGCCUCGAGAUGCCGGACAACCUCUAUACCUUUGUCCUGAAGGUGAAGGACCGGACAGACAUCAUCUUUGAGGUGGGGGACGAGCAGCAGCUGAACUCCUGGAUGGCUGAGCUCCGGGAGUGCACAGGCCAAGGCAGGCUGGAGCGCACAGACCCAGAGACGCACAUUCCCUCAGCCCCCGAGUCUGGCACAUCCAACUCCCCGCGGGGAAGCACAGAUUCCCUGAACCAAGGUGCUUCUCCUGGGGGGUUGCUGGACCCAGCCUGUCAGAAGACAGAUCACUUCCUGUCCUGCUAUCCCUGGUUCCAUGGCCCCAUCUCCCGGGUGAAGGCAGCCCAGCUGGUUCAGCUGCAGGGUCCUGAUGCUCACGGAGUGUUCCUGGUACGGCAGAGUGAGACACGGCGAGGGGAGUAUGUGCUCACGUUCAACUUCCAAGGCAUAGCCAAGCACCUGCGCCUGUCGCUGACCGAGCGAGGCCAGUGCCGAGUGCAGCACCUCCACUUCCCCUCUGUCGUGGACAUGCUACACCACUUCCAGCGCUCUCCCAUCCCACUCGAGUGCGGUGCUGCCUGUGACGUCCGCUUGUCCAGCUAUGUGGUAGUCGUCUCCCAGCCAGCAGGUUCCUCCAACACCGUCCUGUUCCCUUUCUCCCUUGCUCACUGGGAUUCGGAGCUGGGCCUUCCCCACCUUAGCUCUUCUGGCUGUCCGCGAGGGCAUGGCCCGGAGGGUCCCCCCAGCCGACCCUCCCCCCCAGAGCAGAUAUUCCACCUGCUGCCUUCGCCCGAGGAGCUGGAAAACAGCCUGCGGCACCUGGAGCCUGAAGCUGCCAGUCGAGCCCGGGACUCAGACUACGAAAUGGACUCCUCCUCCCGGAGCCAUCUACGGGCCAUAGACAAUCAGUACACACCUCUCUGACCGGCGGUGAGGAAUCCCGGGCCUCACACGUGCCCCCGCGGAGCACAAGCAAGCAGAGAUGUGAACUUGUGAAUGUAAUUUUCUUUCCUUCCUUCCAGAGAGAGAGUUAAGGGACACUGUUAACUGCUCCAGUUUCGAUGUGACCCUUCUAUUCGGCCUGUUAAAGGGCCUCCUGUAAGUUUCAUCGUCCACCACCUGCUUUCUCCUUAUUGUUUACAGAUGUAGUUCUUGUUCGCAGAUGCCACCAGUUCCUGCCCUGAGUCCCCAGGACCUGUCCCAUCCUCUUACAGGAGGUAAUGGGUGAGGGCCAGAGCUGGCGGCAGAACUGGGCUCUU